UCUCUCUUCAUUCUCAAACUUUUCUCAUUUCCACACUUCAAUCUCUCUCUUACUCUCUCUAUCUCUCUCUACAAUUUCCACACAUACCUUCUUGAAAAAUUCAUCUCCUAUUUGUCUAUACAAGAACAACCAAAAAAUACUAAAAGGAAAAAAAAAAAAAGUUUUUGGAGCUUAUUUUUCAAUCCAUAUUGAUCAUUGAGGAUAUAGAAGAAAACCCCACAAAAGGAAUUGAAAAAGGAAAUCUUGAUGGCCCCAAAUGGAGGAGGUGUGAAUAAGAACAAUGGGACGUCAAUAGCAAGAAAUAACCAUAAUGGAGGAGGGACAAGGCAGGUAUUAAAAAAAGGUCCAUGGACAGCAACGGAAGACGCGAUUUUGAUGGAGUAUGUGAAGAAACACGGAGAAGGAAAUUGGAACGCGGUCCAGAGGAAUUCAGGUUUAAUGAGAUGUGGGAAAAGUUGUAGGUUAAGAUGGGCAAAUCAUUUGAGGCCUCAUUUGAAAAAAGGUGCAUUUUCUUUAGAAGAAGAAAGGCUUAUUGUGGAACUUCAUGCUAAACUUGGAAACAAAUGGGCUCGUAUGGCUGCUCAGCUGCCAGGUAGAACAGAUAAUGAAAUCAAGAAUUACUGGAACACAAGGCUAAAAAGAAGACAAAGAGCUGGUUUGCCCAUAUACCCUCAAGACAUACAGCCACAAAAUUACCAACAAGAUCAAAACCAACAACAACAUAGUACUAAUAUCCCUUCACCAUUUGAUAAUCACCAAAAUUCCAAUUACAAUAAUUCCCCUCUUUCCCUUUUAGAUAUCUUCAAUCCUUCAACCAUGAAACCUAGUAGUAAUAUUAUUUCAAAUCCAUACCAAUUCAAUAAUAAUCCUAGUUCUCCAUUUCUCACAACUACAAAUAAUAUUAACAACCAAGUCAAGUUUUUUCGCGAUCCUCGCGUUAGCCUUUCCUUAACAUUAGCAUCAUCGAUGAAGAACUCAGCACUUUCUUCAAUGGUAGCACCCGUGCCUAAUAAUUUUAGUCAGGGCUAUUCUAGUUCAAUUCCAGUGUCGUCACAACUUCAACACAACUAUCCAAAUUUUACCACCGUUACAAGACCUUUUACAGCGAUUUCCUCAAACCCUAAUGGUUUAAUCUUAGGUAUAGGCACAGAGCACCGGUCAGUCCAAUCGACCGUGCCUGAGACUACAACAUCAAGUGAUGCUGAUAAUUAUGCUGUUGAUCACGGAUUAUCGCGAGGAAAUAGUGGAUUAUUGGAAGAUUUACUGGAGGAAUCUCAAACCUUAACUCGAGCUGAGAAAAUAAAAGAGCAUUGUUCAAUUGAGAAUGAGGAUAAUAAAGGGAAAUUAGUGUGGGAGGAAUAUGGAUUAACAGAAGAAGCAGCAGAUGCUAUUUUAACGGGAGAAUCAACAUACAAUUUUUCUCAUUGUGAUGAUGAUGAUGCCACACAAAAUAAGCAUUCUGAAGAAUCCAGCCCUAUCAAUUCAUCCUCAGGGUUGACAACAAAGGAAGGUUCAUUAGAGCUGGGUAAUCAAGUGGAUGAUGAUAUUAUGAGAUUUCUUGAUAAUUUUCCACUAGGUGUACCUGUUCCUGAUUGGUGUGAUGAUGACCAAAAUCAUCAUGAUCAGCAGAAUACAUCUAAUGGCCAAUCUUUUGAAUGUGAUCAAAUACAAUUGUCCUCAAAAUCAAGCUGAUAUUGAAGACUCAAAUUCAUAGGCGGAUCCAGAAUUUGAAGUAUAUGAGUUUCCGCAGCAACCUUCUUAUAAAUAUGCAAUAAUCAGUCAAGUAUUUAUAUAUUUAGUAUAUUUUUAAUACAUAUAUAGGAUUUUGGACAAAAGUACAAACUAGGCCCGCCUCUUCAAGGGUUAAUCAUAAAUAGGAAACUGGAGCAUGUUGCUGGAUUAACAUGCUUGUUUGUUUUUUUUCUGCUAAUAGGAGUAGUAAACAUUUAUUGCAGUAUUUUUGUUGUUAA